GUGCGAAGUCGUUUCGCCGUUGAAGGGUAAUACCUUUCGUUAAAAUAAAGGAUUUUCAGAUCCGGUGACAAAUUUCACAAGUAGUUCAUUGCGUGUUAAGUUGAAAUUAAACCACGCAAGAUCAAUUUUAUACUUCAAAUAAUUCAUCUCUUUCAUGUACAGGAAACUGUCAAAUGAUAUCUUUUAUCUAAACUGAAAAACAUCCAAACAGUUGUUCACUGUACCGUUCGCUUUUGAAUCAUUUGUGUAAGAUAUUCCAAGAGUAAACAACACAUUUAAUAUGAAAGCUCUGAUUUUUGUACCCAUCUGGAUUUCAAAUGUCCAGCAAAUUUGGGCCGCCGUAGCUAUCGACUUUCACGAAGACUUGCGAGAGUGCGGGAAUGGAUUGCCAAUGCCGGAUGUAAACAUGGCCCUAUUCAGCGUACUACCUCAAGAGGAUGGAACCAUGGUGUUGAACGGAACCGUCAAGAUUAUCAAAGACUAUGGAAACCCUACCAGGUGGAGGAUGUACUCUGAACGACUGGAGCAGGGCAAGUGGCACCCUGGAAUAGUUUCGCGGGACAUUCCGAAUAUCUGCGCGGUGCUGCAAGUGCCAACUGAAGCUUGGUAUCAGUUUACGAAGCAUUUGCGCCAGAAACAGUGCCCGUUUAAAGCUGGGUACACGGAACAUGUGGUUGACCUUAACAUUGGGAAUGUGGCAGCAGCUUUCGACACGCCGCCCCAAUUUAUCGGUGAUUGGAGAAUCUAUCAUGAAAUCACCACUCUCCGGAACGGAAGGUUCGUAAAGCAGUGCUACAUGGUGCCGACGACUAUUUCUGAAGUUUAGUAAGAAAAAAAACUCAUGAAAAUAAAUAAAAUUGUUUCAUUUCAAAUCAAA